UUCUGUUUAUAUUAUUACACUGUAUCUGUACACCAGAUCGUCUGAAUUAGAAUAUAUCAGAAAACCUUAGUGAGUUAGUAGUUAUCUAGCUAACUGUAACAAAGAAUAAAGUGAACUGCGUUUUUCUAGCUUUAGAUAUUAAACAUGGGCUCCAAAAAAUAUAAAAACACGCCACAUAAAAGUUUUCACGUUUAUUCAGCAUACGGCAAAGAUUAAAGGAUAUUUAUGAGAUUUGUUACAGCUUUGUGUAGCCUGUUUAUCUAGCUGUAAUGUCCAGUAGAUAACAAACGUGUUGGACGUGUGACUGUCCACGUUAGCCAUGGUGUGUUAGCUAUCAUGUAGCGGGUGUAUAAGUCACAUGACUUAAUACUAGCGGGUGUAUAAGUCACAUGACUUAAUACUAGCGGGUGUAUAAGCCACAUGACUUGAUACUAGCGGGUGUAUAAGCUACAUGACUCAAUACUAGCGGGUGUAUAAGCUACAUGACUUAAUACUAGCGGGUGUAUAAGCCACAUGACUUGAUACUAGCGGGUGUAUAAGCCACAUGACUUGAUACUAGCGGGUGUAUAAGCCACAUGACUUGAUACUAGCGGGUGUAUAAGCUACAUGACUCAAUACUAGCGGGUGUAUAAGCUACAUGACUCAAUACUAGCGGGUGUAUAAGCUACAUGACUCAAUACUAGCGGGUGUAUAAGCUACAUGACUCGAUACUAGCGGGUGUAUAAGCUACAUGACUCGAUAUUAGCGGGUGUAUAAGCUACAUGACUCGAUACUAGCGGGUGUAUAAGCUACAUGACUCAAUACUAGCGGGUGUCACGUGACUUGAUAUUAGCGGGUGUAUAAGCUACAUGACUCAAUACUAGCGGGUGUAUAAGCUACAUGACUCUAUACUAGCGGGUGUAUAAGCUACAUGACUCAAUACUAGCGGGUGUCAUAUGACUUGAUACUAGCGGGUGUAUAAGCUACAUGACUCGAUACUAGCGGAUGUCACAUGACUCGAUACUAGCGGGUGUAUAAGCUAUAUGACUCGGUACUAGCGGGUGUAUAAGCUACGUGACUCGGUGCUAGCGGGUGUAUAAGCUACAUGACUCGAUACUAGCGGGUGUCAGUCAUUUUAUGGACACGCCCCCUUUUCAACCUGAAUUCAACAAGAGCACAGCCAUAUAAUUCUCUUGUCCUUAGCAGUUGGUACGAAAUCUGGAUACAAGUUUUUCUCUUUGUCAUCGGUUGACAAAUUGGAGCAGAUUUACGAAUGUACUGACACGGAAGAUGUCUGUAUCGUGGAAAGACUGUUUUCCAGUAGCCUCGUUGCUAUCGUGAGCCUUAAGGCACCUCGGAAACUCAAAGUGUGCCAUUUUAAGAAGGGAACCGAGAUCUGUAACUACAGCUACUCGAACACUAUACUGGCUGUCAAACUGAACAGACAGAGGUUGAUAGUAUGUCUGGAGGAAUCACUUUAUAUCCACAACAUCAGGGAUAUGAAAGUACUGCAUACGAUUCGAGAGACUCCUCCCAAUCCUUCAGGAUUGUGCGCACUUUCAAUCAGCAACGAUAACUGCUACCUGGCAUAUCCCGGAAGCGCAACGAUAGGUGAAGUGCAGGUCUUUGACACUGUUAAUCUGAGGGCCGCUAACAUGAUCCCGGCUCACGACAGCCCGUUAGCAGCGCUCGCUUUUGACGCUAGUGGAACGAAACUCGCCACAGCCUCCGAGAAGGGAACCGUCAUUCGCGUGUUCUCCAUUCCAGAGGGCCAGAAGCUGUUUGAGUUCAGGAGGGGAGUGAAGAGAUGUGUGAGUAUCUGCUCCCUGGCUUUCAGCAUGGAAGGACUUUAUCUUUCUGCCUCUAGCAACACAGAGACGGUUCAUAUCUUUAAGCUGGAGACACAGAGAGAAAAGCCACAGGAGGAACCCACGACUUGGACAGGAUACUUUGGGAAAGUCCUGAUGGCCUCCACUACGUACCUGCCGGCUCAGGUGUCUGAGAUGUUCACACAAGGUCGCGCCUUCGCUACGGUCAGACUGCCGUUUUCGGGACACAAGAACAUCUGCGCUCUAGCCAUAAUCCAGAAGAUUCCACGUCUCUUGGUGGCGGCUUCGGACGGCUACCUUUACCUGUAUAACCUGGACCCACAGGAGGGAGGAGAAUGCACACUGAUGAAGCAGCACAAGUUAGAUGGAAGCGCCGAACCUGCAAAUGAGAUUCUAGAGCAGACGUCCCAUGACCGCCCACUAGUGGCCCAGACCUACAGCACUGCCAUCGCCAAAGGUUACUCUGAGGAUCAGGGUGCAGUGGGUGGAGCUGGCGUGGAGGACGACAUGAACGCCCUGCACCUGGACGAAGAAAACGAGCAGCCUCCAUUAAUCUUGGAGACAGACUGAGGUCUCUAACUUCAACACAUUCCUGCCCACGUGGCAGGAAACAAAUAAUGGAGUUACAUUUCAGAGGGGGUGCUUUUCCUCCUCCUCUGGCGCUGCUAAGAGAAAGGGGUUAAGAAGAGAGAGGGCAUUUUUUUCGAAGCAAGCGUAGCUGUAGCCUUCUUGUCUGUUAUCUAUAGAUGUUUCGUUGUCCCGUUCCCCCUUUUGUGGCUUUUUAAACUUGGUGAACUUUCAUGCCCAGACUACACUUUCUUAUAAUACUAAAGCAGAUGUCCGAGUUGCAGCCAUCACGUUUGGUAGCUUUGCAUGUACGUGUGCCAAGUGCAAGAAAACUCUUGCUCUUCUGUUCCUGGUUCUGACGUGUUCAGUGGACGUUCUCCUCUCGAGCCUUGACCUAUGCUUUAAAGCGUGCGAGUGCACAAUUGCGUGUGCGUUUCUUUUCUUAAACAGAAGAUAGCUAACUUGAUAUGCCUGCUGCAACACUACUGUGCAAUGUUGGUUUCUUUCCCCCUCGUUGUGUCAGAAAUGUGGAGCGACAUGUCUCUCACGUGUCGCUGUUUUUUGUUUUUGUUUUUGUGCCGAAAUCUGAAUAUCGUAACGUUUAUAUGAUGCCUUCAUGUUACUUUGCCAGCUUAAAGAUUUAUUAAGAUGACACUGACAGUCCAAAAGUAUUCGUCACUUCAUCUGGUCAUCAGGAUCAUUUUUAGUUUUGGACGAAGCUGCACCUUGUUUAUUUUCUUGACCAAUCUCCCCAAUACUUUAUGGACCAUUUGGUUAUCCAGUCGUACGGAUGAAGGUUACCGUCGGGAAAGGCAUCGUCCUUUUCCCCCGCUCCUCUUCCCCUUUCACUUCUUCCCCUGAUAUAUAUAUUUCAGAAUUUUAUGCGCCACUAAGACUUUAUAAAGCAUCAGCCAUAUCAUUUGGAGUGGAAACGAUGUGUUCGUUCGGGUAGAUGUUGGUGUGCAAACACUGCCCUGUGAUGUUUAUGUAAUAAACUGCCAGGCUUGUCUGGUUUUCAGUUUAA